GUUUUUGCUAAAUAAUCCGACUCAUUUAAACAAAACAGCUGACCCCUCAACCCUCAUUGAUUACUCUGAUCAAAACCAUGUUUGUUGAUUCCAGCCAGGUACAGCAGCAGUGACCAAUGACAUUUUACGUAACAGACGUGGUUUUCUGUGUGUGCUGUUCUUCAGCGAGGGAUUAGAGCAGAUUGGUUCAGUCUGAGCAGCAUUACUGCUGGUGCCCUUGCAACUGCAGUUACAGAGAAGGUUUACCUCCGCAAUGUUAGAUCUGAUAGAGAUUCUGGAUUAGGGAAAGGCAGCGUUUCGGCACCGAUUUCUUUUUUUUUUCAUUAAAACAAGAGGAAUUCAACAAAACUUCCACGGUCUACAAUUCUAAUAAUAAGAAAGGGUUCCGAAGCCUGAAUGAAAAUCGCCCACUUGUCGACUUCAGAAGCUGUGGUAGUUACAAAAAUACAGUGUGUGUGUGUGUUUUUUGUUUUGUUUUGUUUUUUGCUUAAGUAAAACACUGUAGCCAUUUGGAGCAAGCAGAAGGAACAACGGAGUAAUGGCUACUCUUUUACGAAAAAUAGGUCUCAUUCGACUUCACGACCGAGACACCGAGGAUCCUAAGCAUUACCAGGGCUCGUUCAAAGGCAGCAAAAGCAACCAGAAAAACAACACUAAGCACUGCAACACGAGCAGUGAUAACAACAUUCUCAAUCCCCCUGAUACUAAAACGAAGAAGUUUGAGCAAUCGAACAAGGAUAAGCCGCCUGGCAAAGAGAAGCAGACGAGCAAGGACAUCAAGGAAAAACAGCAAGUUGCAGCAAGCAAAGCGCCCGCCACCCCAUUGCAACCACUCGUACCGCACAGACAGCACUGCACCCAGGUCAGGACGAGGAGGUUGAUGAAGGAACUGCAGGAAAUUAAAAGGCUUGCUGACAAUUUUAUAACGGUGGAGCUGGCCGACGACAACCUUUUCGAAUGGAAUGUCAAGUUGCAUCAGGUGGACAGAGACUCUGCUCUAUGGCAGGACAUGAAGGAUACCAACACUGAGUACAUCUUGCUCAAUAUUUCAUUCCCCGACAAUUUCCCUUUCUCUCCGCCCUUCAUGCGGGUGUUGACCCCUCGGCUAGAGAAUGGCUACGUACUCGACGGAGGGGCUAUCUGCAUGGAAUUGCUGACACCCCGCGGCUGGUCCAGCGCAUACACGGUGGAAGCGGUAAUGAGGCAAUUUGCUGCGAGUCUGGUAAAAGGACAGGGCCGGAUCUGCAGGAAAACUGGUAAGUCCAAGAAAUCUUUCAGCCGUAAAGAUGCAGAGGCCACCUUUAAGAGCUUGGUGAAAACCCACGAGAAGUACGGCUGGGUGUCUCCUCCUGUGUCUGAUGGCUGAUGCGGCAGUCUUUUUACCUUUCACAAGACUUAGAAAACUACCAUCGUCCUCAAUGCUGCGCAUCUCCCAUCUACUUUUAGUACUUUACAUCUAGCUGCCAUGGAGCACAUGGUGACAUUUUAAGUUAUUCAUGAGCAGAUGUUUUUACAGCUAAAUCUUGCCUAGUGGAUUGUGUUUCAGAACUGGAUAUGACUCAUCGGAAUCGAUAGCGCUGCUAAUGAAAAGUUUGUACUCAUUCCUUCUGACUGACCCACUUUAUCUUGUGUGUGCUCGCUCUCCCUCAAUGCCAGCAAUGUACCACACUGAAUGGCAUCAAAAUUUCCAUCCACUACUGCUUCUCUCAUUUAAACACAAAUGAAGCCGUUAAUAUUUGAUAGACAGACAUUUGAGGUUCACUUUUUGCUGUGCUGUUUUUCACAGGCCAAUGCAACUUGAAGAUUGUAAUUUAUGUGAAGCUGUGCUCUCUCUCUCUCUCUCAGCUAAAUUUAGAUCUCACUGUGUUGAGUAGAUGGCCACUGAUUUCCUACACAAAAUGUAUAUGUAUAUGUUGCUUUUGUGGAGGUACUGUAAAGAUAAAAUCCAAUCACAGUUUAUCAUGGUUCUUUGUUGAUAUUAUCAUGUAUUUUGGGAAAGCCAAGUAAUGUAAUUUGCUGAUGCUUUGGAUACCAGAUGUCUGAAUUGAUUAUACGUGACCUGAGUGAGGGAAUAACAAGCAGCAUUAAUAUGGUAUAAAAUUAAACCAUUGACAACAGAAAUGUCGUGGGCGAAGUUACAAGAAUCAGAGGGGCACAUUUGUGUCAGGACAGACAGAGAUUGAUAAAGGCCAAUUUUGGACACCUGUAUUCAUUUUGAAACAAAAGUCAGUAAGAAGUAUUUUGCAAUGUUUUAUCUGCAGUGUGACCAUUUCUACAUUUAAAAGAACAGUAGCCGCAAUAUUGUGUAAAAUUAUUUAACUGAAUUGCCCUGAGGACAUGCAUUCCACAAACCACUGUUAUUCCACACUGUUAACUUGAAUUCAAGACUGAAGGAGAAACCAGGACAAUAACUAAGAUGCCACUGUCACCUAAGGCUGCAGUCACCUAAGGCUGCAAUACUGCAUGUUUCCAAUGUACAACAUAUACUGUUGCACAAAAGUCAAAGCCACUGUAUUUACCUUUUAAUAUGAAAACAAUAUAAAUAAGUACCUGGGUUUUCUACGGCCCAAGCAGUCCCCAUUACUGUAUUUCAUGGUUGAACAUUUUCAAGGCUGUGUGCUUACAACAUUUCCUUUGGUUGAAGAAUCAAUAAAGAAAUGGUUCAUUGAA